GGAGUUGAAUCAGUGUCGGCAUGCAUGCUGCUGACUACUCAAAUAUGUCCACGCUGCCGGUGCUGCUAGCGAAUGUCUGUGCUUUUAAUGCGCUUUAACUGCGGUUGUGAUGAUUUGACACGUUUCCAAACAGGUGGAAUAACUGGUAUUAGUAGGUAACGUUCCCAUUAGUGCAGAGGAGGUUUGCAGCAAUCAUGGCAGGUAAAGGACGUGGAGUGGCGGCCUUCACCUUUAACAUUGACGCCCUGGGCAUCGGCAGGGGCAGCAUGCCUGAAGCCAGGGUGGGGCCCAGUCCACUCUUUCCAGUGCUGGACUUCAAGCCUGUGCCACUGAAGGCGGGGGAGGUGGAGGACUACAUGCUGGCUCUCAAACAGGAGAUGAGAGCAGCCAUGCGGCGGAUGCCACACAACAUCAAGUUUCACGCCAAAAAGGCAGAUGUGCAGAAGUACACGGAGAGGUACUUGAAGGAGACGCAAGAGGACGAUGAGGACUGGACACCAGAUUGGAAUCUCCUCCCCAAAGAAUUGAUGCCACAAAAGAAAAAAGCCAAAGUGAAAACAGAGCAGAAAAAGAAGAAAGCAGUGAAGAUAUCCAGCAAAGAUGCAGAAGAAGUGUUGACUAAAUUAAAUGAGCUGGAGAAGAAAGACGACGGGGACAAGUCUGAUGAAGAGAAACCAAAGAAGACGGGAAACGAAGAGGAGGAGGAAGACAUUGAAGGCGAGGAAUAUGAGGAAGAGGACAUUGAAGAGGACAACGAUUACAUCGAAAACUACUUUGACAACGGAGAAGACUUUGCAGCGGCCAGUGACGACAACAUGGAUGGAGAGGCAACCUACUGACAAGUCAGUAGACAUUGUUAGACUGCUUUAAAAAGGACUUUUUAUACUUGAAAAGAGCUUGCUUUAAAGCAGUGGUUCUUAACCAUAGGGCAAGGGCCGCCACUAAAUGUUUCUCGCAGCUGUAAUACACUUUUCCACCACUUGUGGCAGUAAUGACAAACUAGCUGAAGUCAGAGGCACAAAAAUGAUGACUAAAGUGGUGAAGUUGUAUUUUCAAAAGUUUUUUCCAGAAAUGUACAUUAUUGUUAAAUUGGUUUACUUUAGCACUGCUAAUUGUACAUUUGUUUCAUCAGUUUUCAUUCUUUCGCAGUAUAUUUGACUAGUACUUAUUUUUGUAAUCAGUCUGACCUAAGCCUUGAUGAUAAUCUUUCUGAUCAACACAUGCUUUCAUAUCGUUGGACGAGGUUGGAUAAAGGUUAGAUACAAUUAGUGUGCCCCGAGGUCCAAAAAGGUUAAGAAGCCCUGCUUUAAAAAGAGUUGUGUAAAUAAGAAAUGCCAAACUGUAUGCACACGGGCAAUAUUUGAAAAUAGACUUAUUUAUUGUCCAGCCUGUAAGAAUAUUUCCACAGGUUGAAAGGCACAUAAUGUCAACAUUUGAAGUACAAGGGCUUACACACACACACACACACACACACACACACACACACACACACACACACACACACACACACACACACACACACACACACACACACACACACACACACACACACACACACACACACACACGUACGUCUGAGGAAUGCUGUGCAAUUCUUCACCGAGCUUUAUCGCUUUAUUUCAAAUGUCACUAAUGUCCAACUUCAAUACUAACAAGUGUACGAUGGCACAAUGGUCCUGAAAUAUAUUAUUUCUCAAUGAUGUCACCGUGUAAUAAGCUUAAAACCAGGGGUGUCCAAAGUGCGGCCUGGGGGCUAAUUUUGUCCCACAGCUGUUUUUUUUAUUGGCCCUUGACAGAUACAUGACUAUCUAUCUAUCUAUCUAUAUAUAUAUAUAUAUAUAUAUAUAUAUAUAUAUAUAUAUAUAUAUAUAUAUAUAUAUAUAUACCCCAAUAGUAAGUUGUAAUUGAGAUAGUAGAAAUUAUGAGUCAAAAAUAUGAAAUAAAAAGUUGUAAUUAUGUUAAAAAAUGAAAGUUGAAAAUAUAGGAUGGGCUAUAAUUUUGAGUGAAAAAGUCGAAAUUAUGAGUCAAAAGUUAAUUUUGAUUUUAAAAAGUUUAAAUAAUGAGAAUUCGAAGUAAUGAGUCGUUAUUUCAAACUUAUGACCUUUUUAUUUAUAUUAAAAUACAAAGUCUUUAUCUCAUAAAUUUUGAAUGUUAAUCUCGUAAUUGACUUUUCAUCUCAUAUUUGACUCAUUUUAACUUUUUAUCUCAUUCGGGUAUUUUUUGUGUGUGACGGGAAUGGGUAGUUGUAAGUAGUGCUGUCAAACAUUAAGGAUUAAUCCCAAGUAUUGCAAGUAGUAUUACUCACCUGCAUCAUUUAAGUUGACUGAAGUUUCAAAAAAAGACUACAGUAUUUGGACACAAAUGCAAUUAUAUUGUUAAAGUAGAUUAGAAGGUAAAGAAACAAAAAAAAGGUGAUUAAUCUGCAUAUAUCCAUGAUUAAUGCAAUGUUUGAAAUGAAUCACAUGAGUUUAUAUUCUUGACAGCUCUAGUUAUAUUACACUAGUGUUCUUUAUAACAAUGCUAAAUGUUUGUUUUCAGAUAGCUUAGCAUCUAUUGAUGUACACUAAUUUGCUUUUAAGGGGAACUGCACUUUUUUAAAUUUUUGCUUAUCAUUCACAAUCAUGAGAGACAAGAAGACAAAUGGUUGUGUUUUUUUUCGCUUUCUAACAUAUACAAAUCAGCUCGUUCCAGGUGGCUAGCAAUGCAGCUAAUUGGAGCAAUCAAUUCUACCUCUAAGUCACUUUAAAAAUGCGUUCAAAAACCGUCAAUACUUCAUUCACGUUCUGUAACCUGUAUAAUAACCAAACUGUAGCAACAUUGUUAUUGUAAGUUUUCUAGCGUAGUAACACAUCGGCGGGCUACGGUAUUAGCUGUAAAAGCUAGCUACGGCAAGAAAUAAGCUAGUUUCUACGUCAGCACGAAACUUGUUUGAGUUUGUAAUACAUAACACAAUGUCAUAGGACGCCAAUCUGUACUGAGUGAAAAACAUGAACAAUCAUAUCACAGUAUUAAGUAUUAUUUCAUGUUUUGUUUGUACACAGUACUAUAGUUGUAAUAAUACGCAUGACGUGCUGCAUGUAUCAUUAUCAAUAUAAAGUGUGGACAGUUGUUCGUCUGGACCAGCUGGCCCGGGAUGGGUUUUUUUUCCGAUUAAUUAUGGGUAAGCACUUCAUUUAUGUCGAAAUAGCUUGUCUUCAAGUUCCACAUUUUUCAGCUUUGAUUUACUUUCACCUAACUCUCUCGGCUUCCGUCUGCUCCAACAUCUCACUCUUCCUUCGUGCUCACUUCUAGAAGCAGUAGUUCCUCAGUAUAUUCAGGUUCAAAAAGAUAAGGUUCUGAAUCCUCAUUUGUCCAGAAAUAGUCGUCUUAGUUACCGUACCUGCCAUGAUUAGAAGACACAAGCGUUUUGUAUCCGUAAGUAGGAACACACUGGAAGUCAGAUGUGCGUUGCUAUGGAAACAGAAAUAAAUGCGCUGAAGAAUUAGUUCCGGCAGUGAUUAAAAUGACCAAAUACGGUAAAUAUUGUACAUAUUAUGAAGGUGUUUGGUACUACAUUAUAGAGAUAGACUUGCAGUGUUUAUACAAAACGUUGCUGGAGGGUUUUGAAGGCAACAACGGUGACUCCCAUUAACCGCAACUUCUGAAAGAUUUGUUUUUAAUCAUCUUUAAAAUCCCCCCCAAAAAGUGUGUUCCUGUCUCUCAUAAUGAUGGUGAACGAUAGGCAAAGUUCCAAAAAAAGUGCAGUUCCCCUUUAUUGUACAAUAUUCCACCGUGCAACUUAAAUUUUUUCUGAAUGUGGCCCUCAAUGGAGAAAGUUUGGACACCCCUGCUUCAAAUCCAAAAUGCACAAUAAACUUUUCAAUGAGUCCUGAAAAUGAUUUGUCUAUAUUUAUAUUUGGGAAAUUGCAUGUGGCUUCAAAAGGCAGCAGCAGCAUGGAUGACAAAGGUUAAAUUAAUAGAAAUAUAUA